AUGACUGUCAAAUGUAGUCACUGUAAUCGGAACUUCCGCACUGACGACGCUCUGCAGCAGCACAUUCGAGAUUCGCAUAAACCUACUCAGUUGCCUAACUGCCAGAUUUGUAGCCGGACUUUCAACGAUAACGACGCUCUUGAGCAACAUCUGAAACAAUCAAGAGUUCAUAAAUCUCAGUCCCAAAAUGUACGCACUCGAAUACCCACCGAAAGCAAAAACGCGUCUGCGGACAGUGAAGCGGGAGUGGCAGAUCAGAUGAAACUUCUUCAACCCAGCCCGGCGGUCAACGAGAUGGCGGAGAUUAUAGUCGUGCCUCUGCUCACCGAGCAUGUGCGCAAACGGGCGGCCGAUCUAGCUGGGCCAGCGUCGGUUCCAUUUACGCAGUAUGGCCUGCUCGGAGGUAUUAUCUCUGAUGGCUGGGGGCCCGAGGCGCCUGCUGACUCACGCAUUUUCUAUAACAUUGCGGCACCAUCGAGCGUCUUUAUAUGUGGUAGUCAAGGGUCCAGAAAGAGCCACACUCUCUCUUGCCUGCUCGAAAAUUGCCUGAUACAGUCGUGCGCGAAUGUCUUGCCGCGGCCGCUCACCGGAAUCCUUUUCCAUUAUGAUACUUUCAUGUCGGAUAAUGGAGGCGAGCCUUGUGAGGCCGCCUAUCUGGCCUCCAACCGGCGAGUCAAAGUCAGGAUUCUUUGUGCACCUACGAACAUUAGAACGAUCCAGAGGGUGUAUUCGAAAAUCUCAAACGUGGCAGUUGAACCCCUUCGACUUAACGAACGCGACCUCAAUACAACGCGUAUGAUGUCAUUGAUGGCGGUAAACAAUUCAAAGGGAAUUCCACUAUAUUUACAUGUCAUCCUGCGCAUUCUGCGGGAUUUGAGAAUUGAGCAGCAGGAGCAGUCCGACACCGCAGAUGGAUGCAUUCCCCCCUUCCAAUAUGCAAAAUUCAAAAGGUGCCUCGAGAAGGAAUGCAUGGCCGAGAGCCAGCUCGCGCCGCUGAAGCAACGUCUCGACACUCUCGAAAGCUUUAUGGUUAGCAAGCAGGUUUAUGCGUUUGACUCGGACACAAAGAAUAGUGGUACUCCUGCCAAAAGAAUAAAGGCUCGCGAAAACGAGCAAGGAACGGAUUGGACACCAGAGGCUGGCAAGUUGACGAUUGUCGACCUAUCAUGCCCCUGCGUGCAGGCGCAAACCGCCUGCUCACUUUUCAACAUUUGCCUUAGCCUCUUCCUAGAGCAGGAAAGCAAAAUCGGCCGUGUUGUGGCCCUGGACGAGGCCCACAAAUUUAUGGGCGGCGGCACCGAGGGCGCCGAAUCGCCAGACUCACGCAACCUGACCGAAAGCCUGCUGCAAACCGUCCGCCUCCAGCGCCACCAGGCUUGCAGGAUCUUUAUCUCGACGCAGGAACCCAAUAUCUCACCUAACCUGCUAGACCUGUGCUCUGUAACAAUAGUGCACCGCUUUACGUCGCCCGCGUGGCUGCGGGUGCUUAAGCAGCACCUGGCGGGUGUUAGCUCGUCAUCGCUGAUCCAUGAAAAGACGUUUUCCGGCGGCGGCGGCGGGGAGGACGAUGGCGACGGCAUUGUUCCUAUCAGGCUUCGUGGCGCUUCUAGUGCCUCGCCUCAUAUCGACCCAUCUGCCGAGGUUUUUUCGCACAUAGUCAAAUUGCGUGUCGGUGAGGCGCUGGUGUUUGCCCCCAGUGCUGCGAUUGGAUUCCAACCUCAGGGUGGCGGGAGAGAGGGCUUGGUAUUUCGCAAGUUGGGCAGUGGGAUUCUCAAGAUGAGGACUCGAAGUCGCCUUACUGUCGAUGGUGGCCAGAGUAUUAUGGCAGACUGA